UGACCGCUUCAGUAAGUACACACAGUAUGCAUGUAGUCACAUGUGGCCGAGUCCUCGCAGACGAUGUGGAUAUACCUGACCGCUUCAGUAAGUACACACAGUAUGCAUGUAGUCACAUGUGGCCGAGUCCUCGCAGACGAUGUGGAUAUACCUGACCGCUUCAGUAAGUACACACAGUAUGCAUGUAGUCACAUGUGGCCGAGUCCUCGCAGACGAUGUGGAUAUACCUGACCGCUUCAGUAAGUACACACAGUAUGCAUGUAGUCACAUGUGGCCGAGUCCUCGCAGACGAUGUGGAUAUACCUGACCGCUUCAGUAAGUACACACAGUAUGCAUGUAGUCACAUGUGGCCGAGUCCUCGCAGACGAUGUGGAUAUACCUGACCGCUUCAGUAAGUACACACAGUAUGCAUGUAGUCACAUGUGGCCGAGUCCUCGCAGACGAUGUGGAUAUACCUGACCGCUUCAGUAAGUACACACAGUAUGCAUGUAGUCACAUGUGGCCGAGUCCUCGCAGACGAUGUGGAUAUACCUGACCGCUUCAGUAAGUACACACAGUAUGCAUGUAGUCACAUGUGGCCGAGUCCUCGCAGACGAUGUGGAUAUACCUGACCGCUUCAGUAAGUACACACAGUAUGCAUGUAGUCACAUGUGGCCGAGUCCUCGCAGACGAUGUGGAUAUACCUGACCGCUUCAGUAAGUACACACAGUAUGCAUGUAGUCACAUGUGGCCGAGUCCUCGCAGACGAUGUGGAUAUACCUGACCGCUUCAGUAAGUACACACAGUAUGCAUGUAGUCACAUGUGGCCGAGUCCUCGCAGACGAUGUGGAUAUACCUGACCGCUUCAGUAAGUACACACAGUAUGCAUGUAGUCACAUGUGGCCGAGUCCUCGCAGACGAUGUGGAUAUACCUGACCGCUUCAGUAAGUACACACAGUAUGCAUGUAGUCACAUGUGGCCGAGUCCUCGCAGACGAUGUGGAUAUACCUGACCGCUUCAGUAAGUACACACAGUAUGCAUGUAGUCACAUGUGGCCGAGUCCUCGCAGACGAUGUGGAUAUACCUGACCGCUUCAGUAAGUACACACAGUAUGCAUGUAGUCACAUGUGGCCGAGUCCUCGCAGACGAUGUGGAUAUACCUGACCGCUUCAGUAAGUACACACAGUAUGCAUGUAGUCACAUGUGGCCGAGUCCUCGCAGACGAUGUGGAUAUACCUGACCGCUUCAGUAAGUACACACAGUAUGCAUGUAGUCACAUGUGGCCGAGUCCUCGCAGACGAUGUGGAUAUACCUGACCGCUUCAGUAAGUACACACAGUAUGCAUGUAGUCACAUGUGGCCGAGUCCUCGCAGACGAUGUGGAUAUACCUGACCGCUUCAGUAAGUACACACAGUAUGCAUGUAGUCACAUGUGGCCGAGUCCUCGCAGACGAUGUGGAUAUACCUGACCGCUUCAGUAAGUACACACAGUAUGCAUGUAGUCACAUGUGGCCGAGUCCUCGCAGACGAUGUGGAUAUACCUGACCGCUUCAGUAAGUACACACAGUAUGCAUGUAGUCACAUGUGGCCGAGUCCUCGCAGACGAUGUGGAUAUACCUGACCGCUUCAGUAACCUGACUAUACGAUCUCUGGAUUUUAGUGUAAAGUUGACCAUCUUCGCAGAAGAGUCCAGGAGGUUUCUCUGUUUCAACCAGAAGUGGAAGCUAGUAGGCUCGAAGAGGUUCCGAGGCGAAAUGUGUCAAUUCUACGAGAACAUGGUGCAAAACGGGUACAACAGAUUCCGGUCGGUCGUGGACGAGACGAGGUUCAUGGGGUUCAACAGGCGAGGGAAGCCCCUGCGGGGGACGGCCACCCCGCACAACCCCAAGUGUCUGAACUUCAUCAAGCUGGACCAGAAGUUCGACAUCCUGUCGCACAACAUGAGGAUGGCUUCGGGGACGUACAACGAGUCGACGGACCCGGUCUUGAGACGGGUGGCCUACGGCAAGAAGCGGUCCCCCGAGAGGAGAACGGCGCCUAGGAUAAGACACAAGAACCACCACAGGAAAUUCGUGAACUACCCUUAGAGACUGGACCGGGGUCGUGACUGACGCACGAGGGUGACGGCGGCGGCCGCCGGAGACGCAAGCAAGCUAGCAACCCUCCGCCCGUGUACUUAUUGUAUAUACAAGCCUCAUACAGCAUUUUGUAUACGCUUGAUGUUCGGUGUCAAUAUGUAGAUCUGAUAGUGCUAAGCCCGGAGAUCGGCCGGCAAGCUUCAAGCCUCGAUCGAUGUCGACGUGAAUGUGCUUUCCGUGUGUUAAUGUAUGACAAUAAUGAAAAGCAAAGGCGACACAUUCACACCAAUGCUGACAAUAAUUCCGCUACGUUUGGAAAACCAGUUGAAGUAUAUCUCGAUCGUUUAUUUAUUUUAACUUUGAAAAGUUGAAACUCGCUACCCUCAUUCACUCCCGGGAGUGAGCAGCUCUCGUAUCCGCUGUAGCGUAGCGAUCACCGGAUGUUCACCUAUUCUGUUGUAUAUUUUGUACAUUUCUAUCAUAUUUUUUACUUUAAGUAUCAGCAUAAUUUAUGGAACUUACUCAUUUUGUACUUUUCAACGCACUUAGUGAAGUAAGAGGUGAUAACGGUAUAACAAGACUGAUAUGGUUCCGAACUGAAUAGUUCAAUUGUUCAUUUAAUAGCGUAACUUCCUCUACAUUCCACCACGCAUGUACAGUUUAUACAUAUAUAUUAGGGCAUUAGCAUUCACGUGCACAUGUUGCUUCAUUAAUACUUAUUAGUACGUGUAUAUAUAGAAUGUAUUAUACCCGUCAGUUGCACAUAAGCACAAAGUAGCUAAUGAAGUUCCUCGUCUGUACAUUCAUAAACACAUGUUUGUUGUAUACAGAAAUGUAUACAUUAUAUUAAUUUCCUAUCCAAAUCAAGGAGAAAACAUUCGGCUACUAGUAGUGACUAGCUAGACAAAAUAACAUUAAAUUGUUCUGUUGUCGAAUUUCACAAAAGAAUAUAAAUUAUUAUUUUAAUUCCAAAAACUAAUAAAAUAAAUAUUUUACGACAUCUUUUAAGUAGUUUUUACAGUUUGACUAUUAAAUACAUGUAUGUAAUUUUAUAGUCGAAUUAAAAGAUGUAAAGGUAGAGUGCUAGUGUAUACUUACAUUGCUUCAUAAGGCUUCCCCACACCUUUCUGCUUUUAAUUCAACUACGGCAUAGAAAAUCCACACGACUAUAAUAUGUACUAAUACCGAACGUAGAUAAUUUAUUAUGAAUUAAACCGUGGAUGGACAGAUAGAAAGAGAAAAUAAAACUGUAAUUCAUAAUUGCGGAGCUUCUACAAUUCUUGCAACCCUUUGGUAAAAUUGGACUUCUCACUAAAAGUGGGUCCCCAAUAUGAAUUUUUUUUCAAAAUUUAGUGACAGAUACUAGUUUAAAAAGUGAGUGCAAACUAAGUGUUGGAAACACGAUGAGAGUGUUUUGGAGUUAGGGACCUGCACACGGUGUGUAGUGAUGACCGCUGCAGUUCUAUACCGACCGCUAUGAGAUCCAUGUUACCAGGUGUUUGCGGUACGAUGCAAGAACAGCACUUUGUAUUUUUAGGUUAGAUUUUUGUACAAAUUUUAUUUAUAUUAGAUUAUAUGUAAGCUUUAACUAUAACUAGACUAGAUUAUGUACAUGUCGCAAUAAUUAUGUGUAAGUAGGAGGUACUUUCGAUUUUAAGAAUCCUUUUACUAAUUGCUAAUUAAAUAUUUUGUACAUUAUCGAUUUUGUGUAUAUUGAACCUCUUUUAUUUCAAUUGAUUAUUUUGCACCAACUUAAAACUGUUCCAAAAUAUAUUAUGUUAUUAUUUAAACUGAUGUUAUUUUUAACAGUAUUAUAACAAUAAAGUAUAACAUUUUCUUUUUUCAAGAACAUC